AUGUCGUCGGACGACGACUUCAUAGUAUUCUGCCCCCCCGCAGCUGCUGCGGGAGGCGAUGGCCACAUGGACGUGGAGGCCCCAGCAGCUGCUGGAGUGGAAGGUGCUGCUCUGCGAGGCCGCGGGAGCAGACGGUGGACGCAACAGCAGAGAGAACGAGAGGGCAUGCGCAUGAUUGUUGGCCGCGUGGCGAAAACGUUGAAGACGAAGAUUCGCAGGCAGGCUGACUCCAUCAACAAGUUCGCCGGGCGGGCCAUCGCGUUCUCGCGGGCUCGCAUGCUCGAACUUGCGCACGUCAAGAGGCACACAGUGACUGGUAUUGCCGAAGCGCACAACACUUCCAGGAAGACGGCGCGCAGGAUCACCGAGAUCGUCGCCUACGCCGAGGUCGAAUGGGACGGCUUCCUACUCAGGGACUUGCGCCGGCUUAUCCAGCACGACAGGCCAGAGUUCGCAGGUGUGAGACUCUCCAUGACAUUCUUCUGGGGCAACAGGUCGGGAGCCCAGUUCUACGAGGCGGUGUCGCCGCCUCUGCCGCUGCUGAGCAAUGGAGCUGACCACUUGAACGCAGCCAUGCGCAACCACCCUCUGAUGAAACCAAUGGUAGAAUUUCAGGAGUGGCUCGCGGACCUCACUGGCAUCGCGGACCUCACUGGCAUCUGCUUUGCGAUCCGCGAGGCAGGUGCGCAUCCCGCCAACGUUCGAUUGCACGCUCACUGGAGAAAUGAAGACACGAAUACGUUGAAUAGUCCACCCCUGGCGCUCUUGGCAAGGUGCACGAACCACCAGACAAACAUUGUCUGCGUGUCCACAGUUGAUCUUGUAGGAAUGAAAGUGAUCAAUGACAUGUAUGUGGCCGUGCGAUUCUUCAAGGUGGGUGGACGCUGCGCGCGCAUUGUCGCGACCGUCCAGGUGUAUCUCCAGGAGAACAAUCGCGAGCGCGUCAUUCGGAAUCGCGCGCCAUCUGCGCAACAGGUCGCGCAGGCGAGGAUAUGCGCUGAAGCACCCGUCGCCUUCUUGAUCGACACUUGGAAAGGCGAUGUUUCCACGCCGGCAGGAAGAUCUGCGAAGGAAAGGCGCAGCACGGCAGUCCGAAGAUGCUUUACACAUACGUUGUUUGGCCCGACUUGGACGUCAACUGGGACAAUCGUCAUUUACGACAUUGGUCAGUGCAAGAGCAUGGAUCAAUUGGUCAUUGAGGUGGGGGCGACCAUUCGAGAACUCCUGUUGCCCAAUAUGCCUACAGAGCCAGUGCUGGCCAAAUGGACCAAACUUAUGCCAUGUGCUAAGUUUUACUUGCAGACAGGCGUGCGCGGCCUCCUCCAUGAGCUGAUCAAGAUUGCAGGCGGGGGUUUUCAGCACCCACAACACGACAACCCAGUGAACUUCGGAGAUGCGGCGGCCGACCCGGGCGCUGAGCUUUUUCGGCAUCAACUUGCAGGCGUCCGAUUGCGGAGGACAUUGAGCUUGACGUCCAGCUUCGAACACCGCUUCCACAUACACCUCAUCUGCGUCGCAGUCCAGCCCUGCCGGCUACGACAUCAACACUUCUUGAAGUUGGCGAACAGGCGUUACCGUGGCCUCAAUUCGCAGCGCUGGCCGUGGCCCUGGAUCAGAAGGAACGCUGGACCGAGAAACAGCAACUCCGACAACAAUCCCAGCGACAGCUUCAACUUUGCGGUGCCGUCGACGGCGCUGGCGAUGGGGCCGGAGGCGGAGGCGGUGGAGGCAGUGCCAAUGACGAGCCAAGACCGUCCCACGGUGUAUUUUUACGCCGCGGUCUCGGCCAUCGGCCGCUUGAGCACCGAGCCCGAGCACGUCAACUUCUUCGAGCUCCAGUGCGAAGCAGCCGAUGUAACACCAAAGGAUGUCGACCCCUUCGACUUGCGCCUGGAACAUAUGUUCGACGACGGCCCCCUCGGAGAGGAGCUUCACGGCAUGGUGCAGGAGGAUGCGCCACCGCGGCAGCCUUGCGAUCCUCUGCGCAUCUCCUACAAAGAUCCGGUCGGCGGCCGCGUCCUGACCGAGGACGUCUUCCUGGACCCCCGCGACUCGUGGCGGGAGGACGGCAGCCUGCUCCUCGUCGACGCGCGCGCGGUGACCGGCCUGCAGAAGCAGCUGGACAAGGAGGCCGCCAGGUUCCGCGAGGCCCGCCAGACGCUCGCCAGUUGCCAGCGGGACUACCUGCGGGAGCGCCAGUUCCUGGUGGAGGAGAUCGGCAAGAUCGCACGAACAGCCCACGACCACCAGCUCAGGAAGGCCGCGCAGGAGGUGGUCGACGAGGCACUGAGCGCGCUCAAGGAGCCGCUGGGCGCCGACGACGCCACCGAAGAGGAGGUCGCGCUUCUCUCGGAGCAGAUCGGGACUCGCGAGUCGGCUGACGAGCCGCUGGUGGAGUACCUGCGAAAGGCCGGGAUCAAUUGCGAUGACGAGUUCGCGGUGCGCAUUUUGCUGAAGCUGAUGCGCGAUGGAAUCGCGGCCCUCGAGCUCAAGCGCGAUCGGCUGCAGCAGCGGCUGGAUACACUGGAGAGCAGGAACAUGUCAAGCGAGAACGUUGCCCAGACUCUGCUGGAGGCGGUGUACCACGACGGUGCCACGAUGCUGGACCUCAUCCUUGCACUCAUCGAGCAGGCCGACGAUUCGCGGCAGCAGCAGAUUCUGGAAGACCUGGUGACUGGAGGGAUCCGGCUCAAGUACGACGACGCCCAAUACAAGUUCAACGAGCUGAAAACGGCGACGAGGGAGUGGAAGAGCAAGCUCAAGGAAUUCGACGAGACGAAGGAGCAGCAGAGGGCCCUGGAGGAGGACGUGGAGGCCCUCCAGCGCCGGGUCGCGGAGCAGGAGGCCGCGGCCGAGGCGGCGGCGGAGGCUCGGGCGCGGGAGCAGGCGGAGAAGGCGGAGGCCCUGGAGCAGCGGGCCAUGAAGGGCUUCCUCAGCAAGCACGACAAGGCCGAGCUGCGGCUUGACGAGGACGAGAUGCAGUACUACCACCGGGAGGAGAUGAAGGCCGUCAGGCGGUCCGAGAAGGUGCGGGAGGAGGUGCUCGCCCGGCAGGAGGCGCGCAGCGCCCGGCGUGCGGCCUGCGAGGAGAUCCAGGGCAAGGUGGAUGAGCUCCACCAGGAAGUGGAGGAGGCCGAGGCAGAGGUGAGGGAGAUGAAGGCAGAGGCGCAGGGGCAGCAGGAGAGGCACGGCGGGCUGGAGGAGCGCCUCGAGCAGCUGCAGGACCUGCAGGAGGCCGCCAAGGCCCCCCCGCUGAAGAAGAUCAACUUCAAAGGCGUCGAGCAGGAGCUGGAGGAGGCCUCGAGGGUGUACGAGGAGCUGCAGGAGGAGGAGGCCGUGUGCAUCUCGAGGGAGCGCUUGUACGAGGAGCGCUUCGAGCGCGCGACGGCGCAGUGGGAGGAGAUCCAGGCUGAAGUCGGGCAUGUCCUUACAGGAGGAACGUUCCAAAAUAGCAGAAAUCAACAGUGGGACGAAUUUUCCGAC